AGAGCAGAGCAGAGAGCACAGAGCAGGCUUUCUCCCCUCAGAUAGCGUGAGGUGUGGUUGCAUCGCAGAAAGCGUGAGCACUGCGCUUCGCGCUCCUGGUGCGUCUUUUCGGAUCUUUUGCGCUCGAAUUUAUCUGUAGCGGCGCUAGAGAUGAGGAGGAGCGUGCGGGCCAUUUCCGCCUCGCGUAGGUUGCUCGCAGCUGCGUCUGGUGCAGCGCUGGACAGAGCGUCGGUAGCAGCAGCACCAUUAGUAGCAGAAUCCGCACGAGCGUCAGUCGUAACUGGAUCCGUCGCAGCAGCACCACCACUGUGGGAGCAUCAUGUGCGUUCAGCUUUUGUUCGAUCCGCAGAACCGCCAGGUGUCAGCUCGAGUGAGGCGAAGUGCUUGUGUCGCUACCAUGUACCUUCGUUGUUGGAACAUCAGAAUUACUCGUCAUACAUGAUCGGUCUGCUGAAUGGCCGCCAGGAACCGCGCAGGACGACGGUAGUUAGCGGGAUGAGGAGCAUGAGCAGCGAGGUGGUACGGCAGCAGCAGAAGCCACAUGAAACUGUGGGCCUCACCGACAGAUGCGCGGAAAGAUUGGCUGAGAUCAUCAAAGAGGAAGGACGUGACGUGUUCUUGAGAUUGACUGUGGAGGGAGGGGGUUGUUCUGGCUUUCAAUAUAUUUUCACGCUGGAUGACAAGACCACUGGUGAAGAUAGCAUUUUUGAGCGUGAUGGAGUCCGGUUGGUGGUGGACAACGUAUCUCUGCUUUUUGUGGAUGGGGCUACUGUGGACUUCACUGAUGAAUUGAUUCGUUCGUCAUUUCAAGUGAUCAGCAAUCCCAACUCUGCGUCAUCAUGUGGAUGUGGUUCUUCAUUCACUGCAAAAUAGUACUGUGGUACACUACCCCACUUGAUGUGGUUGUGGCCAUUUGGUGUUGCACUUUAUCCAGGGUAUGGUAUUUUUCAAGUAUAGAACAACACGCAACGUGAUUAAGAUAAGCUGGCUCACAUUUUCGAAGAGAUCGAACUAUGUGUGCACCCGCCACUGUGGAUGAUCGCACAAUUGUCUAGAAGAUUAACCAUGCA